CGCCGUAGUAGCGUCGGCGGAUUCGCAGACCGGCCACCGGCGGACACAAGCUGUGCAGGUCUCCGCGAUGCCAGUCGGAUCAUAAGCCGCCCGGUUCACCCCGUGAAACGAAGAGGUCAAAAGAGCCGUGUUCCCUCCUCGACCACAGACUCUCGGUCCGACACGGGCAGCAGACACAGAAGCAGACACCGUUACAUUGGAGUAAAGCGCGUCCUCCGGUGCAGCGCAGCUUUAAGAGGAUUGCUGUAUCCCAAGAACUGCAACGCCGCCCGAAGUGUGUUUAGACGGGGAAAAUGUCAUUGUCUGGGAAAGAAAACAACACUUCCCCUCAUGCCAAUUACGUGGGACCGUACCGCUUAGAAAAGACCCUCGGGAAAGGACAGACAGGUCUUGUAAAGCUCGGGGUCCACUGUGUCACGUGUCAGAAAGUUGCCAUAAAGAUUGUAAACCGAGAAAAGCUCAGCGAAUCCGUCUUAAUGAAGGUGGAGCGAGAGAUCGCCAUCUUGAAGCUAAUAGAACAUCCACAUGUAUUAAAGUUGCACGAUGUCUACGAAAAUAAGAAAUAUUUGUAUUUGGUUUUAGAGCACGUGUCGGGUGGAGAGCUGUUUGACUAUCUGGUAAAGAAGGGCCGAUUAACACCCAAAGAAGCUCGAAAGUUCUUCAGACAGAUCAUCUCAGCUCUGGACUUCUGCCACAGUCACUCAAUAUGUCACAGGGAUCUGAAGCCGGAGAACCUGUUGCUGGAUGAGAAGAAUAACAUCAGGAUAGCAGAUUUCGGCAUGGCAUCCCUGCAGGUGGGAGACAGUCUGCUGGAAACCAGCUGUGGAUCUCCUCAUUACGCGUGUCCUGAAGUCAUCCGGGGAGAGAAGUAUGACGGGAGGAAAGCAGACGUUUGGAGCUGUGGGGUCAUUCUGUUUGCUCUGUUAGUGGGGGCUCUGCCGUUUGACGAUGACAAUUUAAGAAACUUGUUAGAAAAAGUGAAGCUGGGGGUCUUUCACAUGCCCCAUUUUAUCCCACCGGACUGCCAGAACCUUCUGCGAGGAAUGAUCGAGGUCAACGCCGGCAGUCGGUUAACGUUAGAGCUGAUCCAGAAGCACACGUGGUACAUAGGAGGGAAGAACGAGCCGGAGCCCGAGCAGCCGGAGCCCAGGAAGGUGGCGAUCCGCAGUGUCCCGUCGGCCGACGACAUCGACCCGGACGUCCUGGAGAGCAUGCACUCGCUGGGCUGCUUCCGGGACAAGAACAAGCUGAUGAAGGACCUGCUGUCGGACGAUGAGAAUCAGGAGAAGAUGAUCUAUUUCCUUCUGUUGGAUCGUAAGGAGCGAUACCCCAGCCACGAAGACCAGAACCUCCCUCCUCGAAACGAUAUAGAUCCUCCGCGGAAGCGUGUGGACUCCCCAAUGCUGAACAGACACGGGAAGAGGAGGCCGGAGAGGAAGUCUAUGGAGGUGCUGAGUGUCACUGAUGGAGGUUCACCUGUACCUGCACGACGAGCCAUCGACAUGACACAACACGGACAGAGGUCACGGUCCAUCAGUGGUGCGUCCUCUGGUCUCUCCACCAGCCCUCUCAGCAGCCCACGGCCUGUACGAAAAUUCUGUGUCCCGCCUCAGUCCACUGAGCUGCUCUUGUCCCCCAGUUCUAGUUUCACAGACUCCUUAAAACCAAACUCUGAUCAAAAUGAGUCAAAAAAACCCACUUCUAACUCCCUAAUGCCAAACCCUAUAUCUGAGUCUCUCUUGCCCUGCCCAAAGACCCAAACUCUUCAAGCCAAACCCAAAGACAAACCCUUACAAUCUGCCCGAUCAAUCCCCUUACCGGAAUCUGAGCCUGAACACAUUUCGACAGCCAAGUCAGAACCAUCGACUCCAUGUCAACCUCAAGCACCCUGUAUACCGGCCAGCCCAAUGGUGCGACGGGCAACCCCAGCCUCCAUCAUACCUCCUCAACUCUCUGUCCCCUUUAGACCUGUUUCCCCUCUUUCCCCUAUCCGACUACACCACUUCCACCCCGUUCCCGGCUCUGACCACACCACCAAAUCUAUUCCCACCAUACAGGUGACCCCCCACCCCUCUCCAAGGGGAAGCCCUAUCCCCACUCCCAAAGGAACGCCCGUGCACACGCCUAAGGACAGCCCAGCGGGGACACCGACCCCUACGCCACCCCCCAGCCCCUCCAUUGGGGGAAUGCCCUGGAAGAUGCGCCUCAACUCCAUCAAGAACAGCUUAAUGGGCUCACCCCGCUUUCACCGCAGGAAACUGCAAGUUCCCACUCAAGAGGAAAUGUCCAGCCUCACACCAGAGUCUUCCCCAGAACUUGCCAAAAAAUCUUGGUUUGGUAACUUCAUCAACCUAGAGAAAGAGGAGCAGAUCUUUGUGGUUAUUAGGGACAAGCCACUGAGCUCUAUAAAAGCCGACAUCGUCCACGCCUUUCUCUCGAUACCAAGCCUCAGUCACAGCGUUAUCUCACAGAUGAGUUUUCGGGCCGAGUACAAAUCCACCGCCGGCCCCACCGUCUUCCAGAAGCCUGUUAAGUUCCAGGUCGACAUCACGUACACCGAGAGCACUGCGGCCACCAAGGAGAACGGCAUCUAUUCAGUCACCUUCACUCUGCUCUCAGGUCCCAGCCGGCGUUUCAAGCGGGUGGUAGAAACGAUUCAGGCGCAGUUGUUAAGCACACACGACCAGCCGGGAGUCCAGCAGCUGUCUGGUAGCCCAUUGAGUAACUUCUUUGACGUAAUUAAACAACUUUUUUCAGACGAGAAGAACGGUCAGGUGCCUCAUCCACCUGGCACGCCCAACAGACACCCACCUAACGCCUGUCACCACGACCCUCAGCCUAGUGACUCUAAAUGCCCAGCGGGUAAUCCCAGGGACAAUUCUAACCUGGUGCCAUCCGUUGGGACACAGGAGCAGCCCUAAAAGUUUACCAAUCAAGCUUUUCAAAGCGUACCUACAAAAGAUCUCAAAAUAUAGAAAAUCUUAGAGGUGAUGGAAUAUUUAUUUGGACAAACUUUUAUAUGAUGGAAUGACUGUUUAAAAACAAAUUUUGACACAAAUCCAGACACAUUACCCCUUUCACCGUCUCUGCCAUGUCGUUGUGCCCGUUCCCUUCCCGAACCCCUUUCGUUUUUACCCCAGAUAUUUUCAUGUCUUUACGUCUGUCUUCCCAUUUUCCUCACCUUUGUGACGGCUUGUCUUUGCUGAUAGGAAUUAUCCAGAAAACAUAUUAAAACGCCACCUCCCACUUCCCUGCACAUCCUGAGAUGGACAGUUACUGACAGACGCCACUUUUCAUGAUGAACAAGCAGGUUUCCAAGGAGUUGGACCCUUCAUCAUACUCUUUCCUUCCCGCUCUGCCCUCUCGAGGACUAAAAUACAAACACUGACACUUCUUCCCAGUCAACCUGUGUGCUCCCAACACCAACCUGUUAAAAUGUUUGACCAGCCGGUAGAAACCGGCGGCAAAAAACUGGGUCUGUUCCAAAAUGUAGUGAGCUUCCUUGAGGUACGUCACUUUGAUCAAGAGACCCUUAAUGCAAUGCAACAAACUUCAUAAAAAUAUCCAUUAGAUGACAGAUAAAGCACAUAAAUCAGUCUAAUAAAACUGAGGACUCUCUAUUUGUAUGUUAUGUAUGUUAUUAAAGUUUGGAUCUAUUAGCAUAGCAACAUGCUAAUGUCAAACUCUUUUGAAAUCAAUUGAAUGUUAAGUCUCUCUGUGCAGUUAGUUGUUAGCAACAUGCUAACUGCAAACUGUACUACAGUCAGUUGAGAAUCGAGUCUCUUCUGCACAUGCCACAUGUCACGUGGGGUUGCUGCCUAUGAGCAUUUCAGAUAAUGUGUUAGCUUAGCAACAUGCUAAUGGCAAACCACUGAAAUCAAUUAAGAAUCAAGUAUACGGUGUGCACAUUGCAGGGAAUGCCAUUUCUAAGUCACAUGGAGUUGCUUCCUAUGAAAAGGGAAGUUGUUAACUUUGCAGUAUGCUAAUGGAAAACUUUACUGAUUCUAUUGAGAAUCAAGUUGUGUGUUGAAUGUCACACAGAGUUGCUGUUUCUGAAUUAUGGAAGCUUAUUUUUGCCAUGGAAUAAAAAAAUGAAAAGGUAAUUGUGAACGCCGACAUUUUGUAUCACAAAUCUGACUUUUUACUAGCAUAUAUGAGAAUACCUAAGAAAAGUCUAAGAAUUCAGAAAUUCAUACUAGCAAUAAGAUUUAUUUCUCAUUAUUGCGAGUUUAUAUCUUGCAGUUCUGAGUUUAUAUCUCAAAUUUCUGAAUUGUCAGAAUUGUUUUUUAAAAAGUCACAAUAAGGCCUAACAUUUUUUUUUCUGCUAAAAUAAGCUUCCUUAAUUAAGCACAUUCUUUUGGGGGUUACAAAUUAGUUAAGAAACUGCCUUAAGCUUGGCAUGCUAAAUUUUAGCAUUGAUUUUGGGGUCUAAGACACAUUUUUUUUUUUAGUAAACAAAAUAUUUGUAAAAGUGUGCUUUAGAAAAGUUGUUAUUGUGCUUUAGAAGGCAGCUCACUAUGUUUGGAACAGAUUCACAUAAUAAAUACUAGACAUAAGUACACACUCACAACUCUUGGAUGUUUGACUCAGAUUCAUAAAGACCAUAGAAUAAAAAAUAACAAAACGAGACACAAAUCAAGAAGGAAAAGAUGACUUUGAAAGCUUGUCCUGGAGGAUGUGGACUUUUUCCAAAUUGAAACGUUUCCAUUUGCGCUCUCUUUUAUUUUAUUUAUUUAUGACAUUGUUUGAAGAACAUCACUUGAUCUGAAAUCAUUGCUGCAAAAGGACUGAAACAUGUAUUUCAGUGCGUUUGGGAUGGGAUGGGGUGGGGGGAAUAGUACUGAAUGAAUUUAUCCUAAUGAAUGAAUCUCUGUUGUACAGAUUGAACUUAAUUAUGUACAAAUAAAAUGUCUAGAUGUGACACUAGCUUUAGUUCUGUUGUAGAUUCAGAUUUGAAAUAUUGUGUUGCCAGUGUUCAUUUAACCCUUUUAUUUCUGUAUUUAUUAUGUGAUGGAACAAUUUGUUUCAUUUAAUCGGUUUCGGUAAACACUGAAUUUUAUUUUAUUUAUUACUUUUUUUUUCUGAUCAUUCUCAUGUUCGCUACCAGCAGAUAAAAAAAGUGUCGAAUACAAUGUGGAUAUUUUUGUAUUUCUCCUUCUGUUUUAUCUCUGUCCUUAUUUAUUA